CCUCCUCUUCCUCCUCCUCCUCUCCCGCCGGCUCACAACUUAUCCGGGCUGCAAAGAAGGAGCUUAAUUCCGUGGCUUCCGAAUUGGCAGCGCGGCAGGAAGAAAGCGAGCAUUCUCAUAAACACUUAAUUGAACUCAGCCGGGAAUUUAAGAAAAAUGUACCUGAGGAAGUUCGAGAUAUGGUGGCUCCUGUCUUAAAAAGCUUCCAGGCUGAGGUGGUUGCUCUUAGUAAAAGAAGCAAGGAAGCAGAGGCGGCCUUCCUGAGCGUUUACAAGCAAUUAAUCGAAGCACCAGAUCCUACGCCUGCCCUUGAAACCGUGCGUGGCUUGGAAGACGGCCGACGGCAGCUGCAUUGUCUUGGCCCCGAGAACCCAGCUUUGAAGGAACUGAACAGGCCCUGGAAGAAGAACGCUGAGCUCCCGUGCCCAAGAGAGCAACGAGAGGGGACACCUUCGGCCGGUUGCACCGUUUCCGAGGGGGCCACCCGGCUCGCUGGCAGCAGAGCGCUCCCGACGGCAGACCCCUUGCUGCAGAGGAAUGAGAUCGACCAGCAAAAGGGCUUGCAGGAAGCACACGUCACUUUGGCCGCUCGGCUGGGGGAAGCAGAAGAGAAGAUCGUUGUGCUCCAUUCAGCACUAAAGGCAACGCAGACUGAACUGCUGGACUUGCGGAGCAAAUACGAUGAAGAGGCAGCUUCAAAGACAGACGAAGUGGCCAUGAUUGUGACGAAUCUUGAAAAAGCCAACCAGCGAGCCGAGGCGGCCCAGAGGGAAGUGGAGAGCCUGCGGGAACAGCUGGCGUCGGUCAACAGCUCCCUCCGCUUGGCUUGCUGCUCUCCCCAAGGACUCAGUGGGGAGAAAGGAAAUUACUCUUUGUGCCCUGGGCCACGGCUGGAGGCCGCCCUGGCCGCCAAGGACCGGGAGAUCCUUCGGCUUCUCAAGGAAAUCCAGCAUUUGCAAAACUCCAUGCAGGAAAUGGAAGAGUCUUCGGCCAGUCAGAUUGCGGACCUGGAGCGCCAGUUGGCAGCCAAGAACGAGGCCAUUGAAAAGUUGGAAGAAAAAUUGCAGGCUCAAUCUGACUAUGAGGAGAUCAAGACUGAAUUGAGCAUCUUGAAAACCAUGAAGCUGGCCUCUCACUGCAACCUUUCCCAGAGCAUCUCGAAACCUGCUGACCCCUUGCUCUUGGGGAAGGAUUCUUUCUACCCAUCUCAGAAAUACCUUUUGGAGAAACCAGGCCUUCUAGCCAGUACUGAGGAGGAUCCCUCGGAAGACGAGUCGGUGAAGGACUCCAUGGGCACUGGCCAAUCUUACCCUUCCCCACAGCAGCUCUUGCCCACUUCAAGGGAAGACUCGGCCUCUCCUCUCCUCAUCCAGCCCCUGCUGGGUCCCCCAGUGGCUCAGGAAGCCCCAAGGACCUUCUCCCUGUCCCCCUUUCCAAGCCUGAAUGCAGCCGAACGGAUACCUCUGGACUCCCUUCUCCCCAAACAGAUGGGCCCUCCCUCAUAUAAGAGCGAACCCAGUGGCAUGGGGGCUUUCCCCUCCACCUUCUACGCCGCCAAAGGCGCGGUGCUAGCCAGCCACCCGGGCCAGGCUGCUUCCGCCAACGAGGUGAGCCCACCGAGCGACCCAUCCGAAGGCAGCGGCUCGGGCUCGGCGGACGAGGAGCAGCUGGAUACGGCCGAAAUUGCCUUCCAGGUGAAGGAGCAGCUCCUCAAGCACAACAUCGGCCAGCGCGUCUUCGGGCAUUACGUCCUGGGCCUCUCCCAGGGCUCCGUCAGCGAGAUCUUGGCCAGGCCGAAGCCUUGGCGCAAGCUGACGGUCAAAGGCAAAGAGCCUUUCCUCAAGAUGAAGCAGUUCCUCUCGGACGAGCAGAAUGUCCUGGCUCUCCGGACGAUUCAAGUGCGCCAGAGAGGUAGCAUCACGCCGAGAAUCCGGACGCCAGAAACGGGCUCCGACGACGCCAUCAAGAACAUCCUGGAGCAAGCCAAGAAAGAAAUCGAAUCCCAGAAAGGAGGAGACACCAAAAACUCCACCGCGCCCCAGGCCAUCCCCAACGGCACCUGCGCCAGCAACUCCGAAGAUGCCAUCAAGAACAUCCUGGAGCAGGCCCGCCGGGAGAUGCAGGCGCAGCAACAGGCCUUGAUGGAGAUAGAAUCGGGCGGCGCCAGCAGGCCGGGCAGCACCACCGCCACCCCGCCCGCGGAGCGCUCCACCUUGGCGGCUGUCAGCCAGAACAUCGUCCAGGCGUACAUCAAGCAGGAAGAGGGGAUGCUGGGCCCCCACCCGAGCAGCAGCACCGCCCAGGCUCCCCUGACAGUGCUGUCCCCGGCUGCCUUUGUGCAGAGCAUCAUCCGUAAAGUCAAGUCCGAGAUUGGGGAUGCCGGCUCUUAUUUCGACCAGCACUGGGCUUCCGAGAGGAGCCUCUUGAGCCGCCCGUACACCUCCGUGUCGCCUUCCCUCUCUUCCUCGUCUAGCUACUCCAGCGUGGCCAACGGGCGAGCCGGGCAGCGUGGUGAGCCUGGCGACGCCGCCCCAAACGAGGAAGACCUUCCCACCUCAGAGGAUGAGCCCCUGAGGGUGCUGGAGGUCAAGUCGGAGAUGACCGGCUCGGAGUCCCAAGGCGCCGGGCGCCUCUCUUACUACCCAUCGUACGUGCCAAGGACCCUCAAGCCCACCGUCCCGCCUCUGACGCCUGAGCAGUACGAGAUGUACAUGUACCGGGAGGUGGACACCUUGGAGUUAACGCGGCAGGUCAAGGAGAAGCUGGCCAAGAACGGGAUCUGCCAGCGCAUCUUCGGGGAAAAGGUGCUGGGGCUGUCCCAGGGGAGCGUGAGCGACAUGCUGUCCCGGCCGAAGCCCUGGAGCAAGCUGACCCAAAAAGGGAGGGAGCCCUUCAUCCGGAUGCAGCUCUGGCUCACGGACCAGCUGGGCCAAGGGAUCGCCCAGCAGGCCAACCCGUCUCAGAACAGUCCUGGGGAGACCCAGCCGUCCCCUUCCCCACCUCCCAGUCCUUCCGAGCCGGAGAAAAACUCCUUUGAGCCCUUGAGCCUCGCUUUAGAAAGCAGCAAAGAAAACCAGCAGCCGGAGAGCAGAUCCAGUUCUUCGCUCAGCGGGAAGGUGUGUCCUAACAAUCAGCUUCCCGUCGGUAUCCAGGAGAUUGUGGCCAUGUCUCCGGAGCUGGACACGUAUUCCAUAACGAAGAAGGUCAAGGAGGUCUUAACGGAUAACAAUCUCGGUCAGCGGCUUUUUGGGGAGAGCAUCCUGGGGCUGACUCAGGGCUCCGUGUCCGACCUCCUCUCCAGGCCCAAGCCCUGGCACAAGCUGAGCCUGAAAGGGAGGGAGCCGUUUGUCCGCAUGCAGCUCUGGCUGAAUGAUCCGCACAACAUCAAUAAGCUCCGGGACAUGAAGAAAUUGGAGAAGAAAGCAUAUUUGAAACGUCGUUAUGGACUGAUUGGUGCUGGCUCAGACAGCGAAUCUCCCCACACCCACUCCGAAUGUCCCAGCCCCAGCCCCCAGGCACAAGAACUCAGCCUCCUGCAGAUUAAGAAGCCAAGGGUCGUCUUGGCCCCAGAAGAGAAAGAGGCGCUGAAAAAGGCGUAUCAGCUGGAGCCUUACCCGUCCCAGCAGACCAUUGAGUUGCUGUCGUUCCAGUUGAACCUGAAGACCAACACAGUGAUCAACUGGUUUCAUAACUACAGGUCUCGGAUGCGCCGCGAGAUGCUGGUGGAAGGAAUGCAGGAUGACACCGAUCCAGAGCAGAGCACAACCCCAGCCAGUGGCCCGCUGAUGACGGGCGCGCCGCCUCAGAGCCCUGACUCGGAAGGAGAGGACCGGAAGCCCACCUUCAGAGAUGCUGAGUGUCAGGGAGGAGGCGAAACACAGGUCCAGAUUAAAGAGGAGCAGGUGGAGCUAAACGAGAAGGAUGAUUGUCCAGACCACAGAGACCCUUGUAGCUUGGAUGGGGAGGCUGAGCCUCUACCCAGGGCCCGGCUCAAAGAAGAACAACUGGAGGCCGCAUGUACAGAAAGCUCAAACGAGGCUCCCAGCCUCAUGUGGGGCAGUGCUCGCCAUAGCAAAACACACAUAGUUGGGGCUCCGGAUUAUUCCUCUUUGCAUAACCCUGUGGAGUCAGACCAUGGGGAGAGGUUUCACCCUGACCCCAUUAGCUUUAAGUCUGCUUCUGAAUCCUCCCGGUGCAGCAUAGAGGUCUCUCUGAACUCCCCAUCAGCAGCCUCCUCUCCUGGCCUUAUGUUGUCCGUCUCUCCCGUUCCAUCCUCGUCAGCCCCGAUCUCCCCUUUGCCGGUUUCUGCCACCACUGCCAAAGGGCAGAGUUCAAGUUCUGCCACCGAAACCGGCUCCACGCCUCCCAAUGCCAAAGCGAGUACGAACAUCCAGCGGCGCCACGAGAAGAUGGCCAACCUCAACAGCAUCAUUCAUAGGCUAGAGAGAGCGGCCAACCGAGAAGAGACCCUGGAAUGGGAGUUUUAAGGGGCCAAGAAAACAAUAUAUACAUAACACACACAUACAUACAAACCUCUCAGACUAUGUUAUUCAGAUUCUAGACUCUGUGGGACACACGACCGAAGCAGGGAGUCACAGCCGAGUGUAUAUAAAAAUAGAUCUAUAUAUAUAAAUAUAUAUAUGCAUAUAUAUAUAUUUUAUUAAUUUCAUCACCUACUAAGGAAGAGACAAAAAUCAACUCCCAUUUUGUUGAACAAGAGUGGUUUAAUAGCUACCCUGUAGCUCCUUUUUUUUCUUAGCCUUCAAUGGGAUGGUAAAAAUUACCUUUGUUUUCAAAUGUGAAAUGAAACGUAAAACAGGCAAAAAAAAAACCCCACGAACAAACCUUGGGAACACUUUUAGAAGAAGAAAAAAGAAUUUAAAAUAAUAUUUAUAGACCUCUUUUAGAUAUUUUAAUAAAAGGAAACUUUGGAAUUUAUUAACAGCUCAAGCUGCUUUGAUAUAAAAAGAUAGCUAUAAACUGUAUCAGUUGUGUCAUUAAAUGUCCACUGAACGUCUUGUAGUUUGCCACUGGAUGAGAUUAAAAAAAAAAAAAUUAAAAAAGGUAUAACCCAGGCUCGUUGAUCAAAGCCAUCAAGAGAAGCACUAUCAGACUGACCAAAAUUUUACCAACUUGAUCGCCAGAGGGGGUGAUUCCCCCUCCCAAUGUGUUUGUCUUUAAGAUGUCGCAUUAAUACGACUUUUCCAGAGACUUGAUGACAUAGUCCACGAAGACUCUAAAUUUGGAACCUACGAUGCCAUCCUGAGUCUGUUCUUUAGUUCUGGUGGUAUCUUUUGAAAUCCCUUUUUUUUAAAAUAACACAGGGGAAAAAAAAGUGUUGCGUGCUGUUGUAUAUGUUGUAGAAAUAUGUUUGCAAUAGCCUUCCUGAACGAGAUGUAGCAUGGUUCCAGAACGAAGUCCGUAGUCCUCAUGUUUCCUCUAGCUAGUGACCAAUCGGGAACCGGAAUGAAGGAAUGCACCAGAAAUGUCAGCAGAGAAGGAACCUUAAGUAGUUGGAAGCAAAGUUCUGUCUACUUUUUUUAAAAAAGAAAAAUAACCAAAAUGCAGCAUCUUUUUUUUUUUAAACUUUACAACUUCUAAAUCUGUUGAGCACUGGGUAUUUGAGAAGGAACAGUUGUGUAACCAGGACCAUCUAUCUACAUCGAUUUUAAUUUACAAAAAAAAAAGUUUGUGUCCAUAUGCAUGAAAAUUGCUGCCCUUUGUUUAGCUCAGCCUUUCGUUUUUGGAUCCAUGGGGACCUUCAGCCUGUUAAGACAUCAGAUUGAAGGGAAAGAUUUUUUUUAUUAUUAUUAUUUUCCCCUGCUGCAGCCAGGGCUCUGUGUCCCCUCUCAGAUGCCACCUUUGGUUAUGCUUUCUGGCUGUCUCAAACAUCAUCACACUCAUUUCAAAAUAAACAACUUCCUGGUCCUCAUUGUUGCGGAAGGAGAUUUGAAAGCAUGUGCGGCUGUGCAU